CUAUUUGUAAGCGGUUGACUUUUGCCGCCGCCGCUGAGUCGUGUCGGUGACGCCGACAAGUAGUUCACACGAUUUACGGCAUAAAUCAGCAGCGAGUCAUUGGUUUUCAUUCAGUUUGUGCAAAACGAGCGGCGAGCUAUGCAGUGAUAUAACAAAUAAACGCUUGUUGACGCUAGAAAAUUGGUUCCUCUUCCCCCCGUCGAAGACUACAGCAGCUGGUUGGUGGUUGAUAAACAAAGAAAAAGAUAAUAAUAAUAUUGUAACCGAGUGGAAAUCGUGCAGCCGUACUGGAAAAGGAAAAACUGUAACGUCGCACAAUUGGGAAAUGAAAAUUACAUAGUUGCAAGCAAGCAGAAGGCUGCAGUUGGAAAAAUCUGUAUUGCAGGCUGAGAAACACCACUACAGCAGAAUUUUCAGCUUUCGGUGCUGCGCCAGCAGCUCAAAGCGAACGCUCUCAUGCCAAACGCCGCAAAAAAGUAAAGUCGUGCGAAAAAUUUUCACUUUGCUGAUAACAACUGCUGCUUGUCGGAAACUAGUGGUUGCAGCGACGUAAAAGGUUGUGCGCAAGCAAAAAAAUGAUCCUGCCUAGCUAUUGAAGUACAACGCAGAAAACCAUACGCAUACCAACAGGCGCUGGCAGCAACUAAAAAUAGACACAUCCUCAAACUUAAGGGAGAGCAAUCUGCACCGCACACAACACAACUCCCACACGCGCUUGGCAUUAGACGCCUACGCGUUCCAGUUUGCGUCGUAGAGCGACGAAACGCUGAAAGGCACAUCGUGCCCGAAAAGCCUUAGCAGUGCAACCUUGCGUCUCGCUGCGACAGUAAUAACGAAUUUGGUAUAAAAGCUGCCACCAGCUAGCUACUUAACUAACGCUCAUCACUUGUCAAUUUCACGUCAAGAUGUUCACACGCUGUCGCCAGCAGCAGCACCAGCCACAGCUGUUCCUCGCCUUCACAUUAGCUUUGCUCCUGUGGGCCGCCUUAACGCAAGCAUUUGUCAUUAAGGAUGACGAGUCCUUUCUACAAUCGCCCUACUAUCAGUCGCAGGGCGAAAUCGAGGACAUGUUUGCACGUUUCGCCAAGACAUUCCCGGAGAAUGCGCGUGUCGAGACCAUCGGCCGUUCGCUGGAGGGUCGCAAUUUGGUGGUCUUGCAGAUCGGCAAGAACGUGCAGCAACCACGCACACCGCUCACGCCCAUGGUCAAAUACAUUGGCAACAUGCAUGGCGAUGAGACAAUUGGCCGCCAGCUGCUUAUCUAUUUGGCACAAUAUCUGCUCUACAAUUAUGAGACGAACUUGGAGGUGGCGAACCUGGUCAACACCACCGACAUAUAUCUGAUGCCGACAAUGAAUCCAGAUGGCUACGAGCGAUCGCAGGAAGGUAAUUGUGAAUCACUUCCGAAUUAUGUUGGUCGCACCAACGCAGCUGGCAUCGACUUGAAUCGCGACUUUCCCGAUCGCCUGGAAAAUCAACAAGUCACACAAUUGCGCUCGCACCGACGUCAACCGGAGACGGCGGCCAUCAUUAACUGGGUGCUCAGCAAGCCGUUUGUCUUAUCGGCCAAUUUCCAUGGCGGCGCAAUUGUGGCGAGCUAUCCGUAUGAUAAUUCAAUCGCCCAUCAUGAAUGCUGCGAAGAGAGUCUCACACCGGACGAUCGCGUAUUUAAGCUAAUGGCUCACACCUAUGCCAACAAUCAUCCGAUCAUGCGAGAGGGUCACAGCUGCAAUGACACCUUCACCGAUGGCAUAACAAAUGGCGCACACUGGUAUGAGUUGAACGGUGGCAUGCAAGAUUUCAAUUACGCCUACACAAACUGCUUCGAAUUGACCAUUGAGUUGUCGUGUUGCAAAUUUCCAACUGCCGCUACGCUGCCCGCCGAAUGGGCGCGCAACAAGCGCAGUCUACUGCAGCUACUGAAACUGGCCCAUGUCGGCGUUAAAGGUCUGGUUACGGACGCUAGUGGUUAUCCAAUCACUGAUGCAAGCAUUGUGGUCUCCGGGCUGGAGGAUAAGCCGAUACGCACCACGAAACGCGGCGAAUAUUGGCGUCUGCUCACACCCGGCUUAUACAAUGUGCAAGCAUUGGCAUUUGGCUAUCAGCCCAGUGAGCCGAAACAGGUGCACGUGACCAACGAGAAUAGUGAGGCGUUGCGCCUCGACUUCACACUGUCGCCGCUCGAGACGAAUUACGAUGGUGAUUUCCGCAAAGUGAAAGUGGAACGGUCCAAAGCGCCUGCGAAUGACGACGAUUUCCUGACGCCAACCAAAUUUGAGCAUCACAACUUUACGGAAAUGGAAAAAUAUUUACGUAACAUUGCCGAGUCAUACCCUAGCAUUACCCGUCUUUAUUCGAUCGGUAAGAGUGUACAGCAACGUGAUCUCUGGGUUAUGGAGAUAUUCGUCACACCGGGUCAACAUAUAGCCGGCGUACCGGAGUUUAAAUAUGUCGCCAAUAUGCAUGGCAAUGAAGUGGUUGGCAAAGAGAUGUUAUUACUACUCACAAAGUACAUGUGCGAACGCUAUGGUGUUGACGGGCGCAUCUCGAAGUUGGUAAAUACUACACGAAUGCAUUUCCUCUACAGCAUGAACCCCGAUGGCUAUGAAAUAUCACACGAGGGUGAUAAAUCAAGCGGCGACGGGCGUGGUAAUGCGAAUAAUAUCGAUUUGAACCGUAACUUUCCCGAUCAAUAUGGCACAGACAAGUAUAAUGCGGUGACCGAACCGGAGGUGGCUGCAGUCAUGAAUUGGACGCUUUCGCUACCGUUUGUAUUGUCGGCAAAUCUACAUGGCGGCUCAUUGGUGGCCAAUUAUCCAUUCGAUGACAACGAAAACGAUUUCAACGAUCCAAUCGCCCGCUUACGGAUGGCAACCACAAUGGGUCGAAAGCUUAAUCCGACGGAGGAUAACGAGUUAUUUAAACAUUUGGCUUCGGUGUACGCGGAGGCUCAUCCCACAAUGCAUCUCGGCAAUCCAUGUCCCCUCUUCAAACACGAAUACUUUCCUAAUGGCAUUGUGAAUGGCGCCCAGUGGUAUAGCGUGACGGGCGGCAUGCAGGAUUGGAAUUAUAUACGCGCCGGCGUAUUGGAACUGACACUCGAGUUAGGCUGCGACAAGUUUCCAAUGGCCGAGGAGUUGGUAAAUUAUUGGCACGACAACCGCGAGCCACUGUUGAAGUUUAUCGAGCAAGUACACUACGCCGUGCAUGGUACGGUCCGCAGCUCUAUCGGCUCGGCUAUAGCGGGUGCGGCAGUCCGACUAGAUGAGGCCAAACAUGCCGGUUUCAGUGGUGUCAACGGCGAUUACUGGAAGCUGGCCUUGCCAGGCAGACAUAACAUUACAAUAAUAGGUGAUGGUUUUGCGCCAUAUCGCGAGGAAGUCGAAAUACCAGAAGACACACGUGAGAUGCGCCUGGAUGUGAUCUUGAUGCGCGACGAUCCACAGCAUUGGUCUUCGGCAAAUGAUUUCCGUGUGAUUGAGAAUGUGGUGAAGACGCGCUAUCACAGCAAUCCAGAGAUUCGACAACGUUUAGCUGAAUUCGAAACGCGCAGUGGUCAGAUUGCGUCUUUUGGCUAUGCGGAAAGCGAAUUCGGUAUCUACUACAACUCUAUUAAGCUGACAGCUGAUAUCGGUGAGCCUGAGGAGACAAAAUAUAAAAUUCUCAUUCUGAGUUCCUUCUUCGACACCACCUCGCCGCUGGGUCGUGAAAUCACUAUGAAUAUAGCGCGACACAUACGUGAGGGCUACAAAAUACGUGACACCAGCACCUUGAACUUGCUCGAAAAGAGUGUACUGUACUUAUUACCGUUAACUGAUAACUUCGAUGUAAUCUUCAAUAUGUACAACAGAAAUAACUCGCUCUGUGAUCCCGAACUGGGUAAUGAGUUAGCCGAUCGUUUGCUCAGCCCCGAAACGGAGAAGAAACGCGAUUUGCUUUUGCAGUUUUUAGAUAGCGAACGCUUCGAUCUGGUGUUAACCUUUACUGCUGGCAGUUCAGAUUUAACUUACCCCAAAGGUGAACCAAUCAUCGAGAAGCUCGCACAUUCCAUUAAAGACAGCGAGUUCAGCACACUGCCGCAUCAGUGCUCGCUCACCAGCACACGUUCCCUGCAUCAGGCCACAACGGACCGACUUACAAAUCUUCUCUACAAAAUGUACAACAUACCUCUCUUCAGUUUGGGGCUCUCUUGCUGUCGUAUGCCAGUCCAAUCGGAGAUCGCCGGCAUUUGGCGCAAAAAUAUCGACAGAAUUAAGAACUUCCUACGCCUCAUCGAAACCGGCGUAGAAGGUCUGGUGCACAACGACAAAGGUGAGCCACUACGCAACGCUUUCGUGCGUCUCAUCGAUCAUCACCACGUCUACAAUGUUACACGCAAUGCGGCACGUUUCCAAAUCAUUCUGCCGCCUGGCGAAUACGCUUUAGAAAUUAGCGCUCCUCUUUAUGAGUCCGAAGUGAAACGUGUGCUAAUCACACCGCAACAGGUCAACAACAUGGGCGUGGUGAAGUUGAACGCCUUUACGCUGCUCACCGGUGUGAGCGAAGUGCAUCGCUUGGGCGGCGACAAUGCGGGUAGCGCAACUGCACUUAACACGCAGACAGCGACCAUCUCCGGCUUCGUUCUAGACACCAUCAAUCAUCCCGUGAAGCAUGCAAAGGUUUCGAUCGUGGCACCACACACGCGCAACUAUCUGCGCAAUUUCACCGACAGCUUGGGCGCCUACAGCAUAAGCGGUGUGCCGCUAGGCGAGAUAACUCUGAAAGUGGAGGCGCCGCGUCAUGUGAGCACUGAACGCGCGGUGCAUGUAGAAGGUGGAGCAGUGCGCGGUGUCAUUUUCCGUCUGAAUGUCGACGAACAUGUGUGGGGCAUGCCACGUUGGCUGUUCAUCUUGUUCGCCAGCAUCAUUAUUAUUGUUACCAUGAUACUCUGCUUCUUGUGCGUGCAAUUCUUGUUGGCCCGUCGUCAUCGCGCCGACAAACGCUACUACAGCUUCUCGCUACUCCCGCAGAAGGGAAAAGAACUGUUCGAGGAUGAUGGUGAUGAUGGCGAAACGGAGCUGUUCCGCUCACCCAUCAAAAAAAGCAUGUCCAUAAAACCUUACUAUGACGUCGAGGGACUCGAAAUGGCGCACAGCGAUGACGAUGACGACGACGACGAUUUUCGAAAUGAUUUCAACGAGGAUAGCGGUGAAGACGUUGUCAUGUUGGAUAAACGAAAAUAAACUGUGAUUAAUAAAGAAAGAAAAUAACGAAAACAACCAAAACAUGCUGAUAGUAAUUAGUGCAAGCAGAAAAGACAACAAUCCACAUUUGCAACUUAAUUUAAGACAAAGUACGUACUAACUCUGAUUUACAUGCUAAAUUAUAACUUAGAUUUGCAAAUAUUUGAAAUAUUUCCGCACAGAAAAUUUAAUAAAUAAAAUGUACGAAAAGUAAUCAUUUUACCAAA